AUGAGCAGUCCACAGGCGCUUUACUUCAACGGCACAGUCCUGACGAUGGACGACGACCUGCCGAUCGUUUCUGCUGUCGUCACCGACGGUGAGCGCAUUCUGGCAGUUGGAGAGGAGGCGGCACUGCGAGCAGCACUGAAACCGGAUGCGGAAGAAGUGGAUCUCAAGGGGCGGACGAUGAUCCCGGCCUUCAUCGAUCCACACGGGCAUUUCCCUGAUCCCGGUUUCAUUCAGCUCUUCAGGGUCGAUCUUGCUCCGCCACCUCGGGGCGACUGUCUCGACAUCCAGACAGCAUUGAAAAGACUUGCAAAGCGGGCAGCGGCAACGCCGAAGGGCGAGUGGGUCAUGGGCGUGCUCUUCGACAACACAGCCGUUGCCGAGAGAAGAAUGCCAACCCGGGCGGAACUUGACCACGUCUCAAUCGAACACCCUGUCUGGGUGAUCCAUGCGUCGGGGCAUAAUGGCGCUGCCAAUUCCGUUGUCCUGAAUAUGCUCGGCGUCUGCAAGGAAACGCCUGAUCCGGCCGGGGGCCGGUUCGGACGUGAUCUGCAAACCGGUGAACCCAACGGUCUGAUCGAGGGACUGUCGGCCAUGGGCGUCAUGAGUGAUACCGAUUUUCUGAUCGAUCGCGAACGCUUCUGGCCCGGCUUCAACGCCUGUCGGGACGAAUAUCUUUCCCAAGGCGUGACCUUUGCACAAAAUGCCUGGUCAACGCGCAAGAUGCUUGAGCAUUUCAACAGUCUUGCCGAAGGUGAAGAUCCCGGGAUCGACAUUCUUCUGCUUCCGAUCGGGGAGCUAGAGCCGGAUCUUUCCAGCGGCCCGGAGGCGCUGCAAUGGCGCAACAACCGGUUUUUUACGCUUGGCCCGCGCAAGCUGUUCACAGAUGGAGCCUUUCAACUGCAGACAGCUUAUCUCAGCGAACCCUAUUACAAGCCGUUCAACCCCGAUUCUCCGUACGGCAUGACCUAUACGGAGCGCGAGGAGCUGUUCAACCAGGUGCGGAAACUGCACCGGAUGGGGUUCCAGAUCCAUUGUCAUUGCAACGGCGAUGCGGGCACAGACAAUCUUCUGGAUGCGAUUGAGGCCGCGCUGGAAGACUUUCCGCGUCAAGACCAUCGCCAUACCGUCAUCCAUGGGCAGGUUCUUCGGGAAGACCAAAUGGCACGCAUGGCGCGGCUCGGAGUAUCCGUCAGUUUUUUCACGGCCCACAUUCACUAUUGGGGGGACCGGCAUCACGACACAUUCCUUGGGCCGGAUCGUGCGGCGCGCAUUUCUCCGGCCGCCUCGGCCGAGCGUCACGGUGUGCGCUUUACGAUCCAUAAUGAUGCUUCGGUGACGCCGACCCGACCUCUUCACUUGAUACAGUGCGCUGUCAACAGACGCACCGCUUCGGGACGGACCCUGGGUGAAGAAGAAAGGAUUUCAGUCAGAUCGGCGCUCAAGGCACAUACGAUCGAUGCCGCCUGGCAGGUCUUUCAGGAAGACGAACGGGGAUCCAUAUCGGCCGGCAAGCUGGCCGACUUUGCAGUCUUGAGCGGAAAUCCGCUUGAGCAUUCGGAUAACCUGGAUGCCUGUUCAGUCGUUCAGACCAUACGGCGGGGUCAAUCCGUCUUUGAAGAGGCGAGCAGUUGA